AUGAGGCUGCCAGGCCUGCAGGCGGCAGCCGCCUCCCCCGGCCCGUCCGCCCGCCCGCCCGUCUCCGCGGCUGCAGCGCCCGGCCCGGGGGAGCCUCCUGCAAUGACGGACGACGCCGUGAAGCUGCUGCUGCGCCGCUUUUACACCCUGCAGGGGGAGCGGGUGGAAGCCUAUCGGCUCUUUGAGGAGGGCCACCGGGCAUAUCUGAGCAGUGGGCCGCACUACGACUUCCUCCGCUACCGGCAGCUGGUGCAUGAGAUCACACUGGCCUUCAGCGGCAUCUCCCGGGAGAUCCUGCAGAUCAAGGAGCAGCUCCAGGCGGAGCACGGGCGGCCAGAACUCGCCCAGCACCUGUCCAGGGUCCAGCAGAAGGAGAAGGAGAAGCUAGAGCUGACGGCCCAGCUGCAGCUCGCCAGGCAGAACGUGCAGGACCAGCCCUGCGUGCCGGCCCACCAGCAGGAGGUGCAAGAGCUGAAAUACAAGCUAAUUAAAACCAUUGAGGCAAUCAGCGAAAUUCUCCAGGACCUCAAGUACGAUUCGGAAGAAGCCGAGUGAUGGGUCUCCCCGUGGGAAUGGCCGGAGGAGGCGGGAAGCGCUGGAGGGGGCCAGCUGGGUGGAGCGCUGGGCUGCACUGCGGGGCUCUUGCUCACGUCGGGGUCUCGCUCCCCAUGGCGGGAUCCUCUCCCCAGCAAACCCCUGCGAGAGACACGUCCAGGGCCCUCUCUGCCAGGCGGGUAGCGGCCUUUGCAACGGAGGAGCAGCUCGACGCUGGGCUGUCCCAGCACAGGGGCAGGUUUGCUAAAGGGCUCCACAGCCAGCAGCUCCCAGUGGGAACAAUAGGGAACCCCCCUCCCGUGCUGAGUGCAAUGGAGAACCCCCCACUGAGAGCAUCGGGGCUGAGCUCCUUUGACAAGCUUUCCCCCAGCGUCCAGUUCGGUGCUGAGCUCCUUUGACAAGCUUUCCCCUAGCGUCCAGUUCGGUGCUGAGCUCCCUUGACAAGCUUUCCCCAGCGUCCAGUUCGGUGCUGAGCUCCUUUGACAAGCUUUCCCCUAGCGUCCAGUUCGGUGCUGAGCUCCCUUGACAAGCUUUCCCUAGCGUCCAGUUCGGUGCUGAGCUCCUUUGACAAGCUUUCCCCUAGCGUCCAGUUCGGUGCUGAGCUCCUUUGACAAGCUUUCCCCUAGCGUCCAGUUCGGUGCUGAGCUCCUUUGACAAGCUUUCCCCUAGCGUCCAGUUCGGUGCUGAGCUCCCUUGACAAGCUUUCCCCUAGCGUCCAGUUCGGUGCUGAGCUCCUUUGACAAGCUUUCCCCAGCGUCCAGUUCGGUGCUGAGCUCCUUUGACAAGCUUUCCCUAGCGUCCAGUUCGGUGCUGAGCUCCUUUGACAAGCUUUCCCCAGCGUCCAGUUCGGUGCUGAGCUCCCUUGACAAGCUUUCCCCAGCGUCCAGUUCGGUGCUGAGCUCCCUUGACAAGCUUUCCCCUAGCGUCCAGUUCGGUGCUGAGCUCCCUUGACAAGCUUUCCCCCAGCGUCCAGUUCGGUGCUGAGCUCCUUUGACAAGCUUUCCCCAGCGUCCAGUUCGGUGCUGAGCUCCCUUGACAAGCUUUCCCCAGCGUCCAGUUCGGUGCUGAGCUCCCUUGACAAGCUUUCCCCUAGCGUCCAGUUCGGUGCUGAGCUCCCUUGACAAGCUUUCCCCAGCGUCCAGUUCGGUGCUGAGCUCCCUUGACAAGCUUUCCCCUAGCGUCCAGUUCGGUGCUGAGCUCCCUUGACAAGCUUUCCCCUAGCGUCCAGUUCGGUGCUGAGCUCCUUUGACAAGCUUUCCCCAGCGUCCAGUUCGGUGCUGAGCUCCCUUGACAAGCUUUCCCCAGCGUCCAGUUCGGUGCCGGGUGGGGGCCCUCGAGCCCAUCGGGCAGCCGAGACAUGUCGCUGUCUGUCCAGCAGGGCUGAACGCCCCCUCCCCCCAGGCCCCUUCCCCUGCAGAGCCAGGGGCCCUUUGAGUGCAGACAGAGCCAAACCUGCAGAUUUGGGGAGGGAUCUUCCAAGUGCCAAGGUGGCUGUGGGGGGUUUCCAUGCUCCUAAAUCCUCUGGGUGCUUGGGAACCCCCCGCCCCCUCCCCGGUGCAGCAAAGUGUUUUAACCACGGCCUGCGACCUCUUUCAAGGCAGUUCGUUUUAAGAAUGAAGCAAAGAACUCUGGCGCUAUGAAGGCAGGGAACGUUCUGCAGCGCGGUCUUGUGCUCGCUGACUGGGGUGGCGGCGCUGGUUUGUGGCUCAAUAAAAGGCAGGCUGGA